GCAGGCGCAGGGCCCCUAUGCUAAUGUUGUUGAUGUCCCGGCACUCGCAGUUGGGCUCCGGCUGCGGCUGAGGGAGCGCCUCAACUUCCCAGGCCGCCUCCUGCCCCGCCGGGCCCGGCCCCUCGCGCAGGGGGAGGCGGAGGGGGCCGAGCCGAGGGGAGGGGGCAGCGGCAGCGGGCGGGUCCUGCCCAUGAGGGCCUGAUGGAAAACACAAAGGACCUGAGCUCCAUGACUGUGGCAGUAAUGAUGCUGUGUCCAAGAGUUCCCUCCCACUGGCUUUCAUUUCUCUUACCUGCUCAAAUUUGAUUUAAUUUUGCAAGGCUUUUGAUACUUCUGCAAACUCCUACUGCGUACCUUCCUUUCUCAGAGUCUUCCCUCUUGUGUGAAACCCCCUGGGGAAGAGGCUAUGGACAAAACCAUUGGCAAACAGCAGAAACUGGCUUCAGACAAAAUGCUGUCAUACAUAGCACAUGAAGAGACAGCAAAAAACAUUUCUGUAAUUUUCCAGCAGAGAUUUUACUUGUAAUAAGAGUGGAAGGCACAUUUCCAGAUAGAGGCAACAUCCGGAGCUAAAACUAAGCUUGCAGCGUAAAAUGUUAAUGGACUUUGGAAAACAAAGGCUGUGCACCAAAUGUAAUAUCACCGUGGAAGUCCUCUAUGGCAAAUGCACGAUCUGUUAAGGAUAUGUGAUUACAGUAAAUGUGUCUUACCACAAACCCUUGGCUGGAAGGUUGUGGUGACCUCUGUGUUGACCUUGGCCUCAAAUACCUACCAUCUGUGCAUGCUUCUGUCGUGGUUCUGGGGUUAGGUCUGAAUACAGAAAGCGAUGCCCAUCUGCGUGACAGAACAUACUUCACGAGCAGAAAGGAAAAGACGUGAUUCUUUCGGGAUGUUUGACGGUUAUGAUAGUUGUAGUGAGGACACCAGCAGCAGCUCCAGUUCAGAUGAGAGUGAGGAGGAGGUUGCUCCCUUGCAGUCCAGUCUCCCAAUUAUAAAGAACAAUGGACAGGUCUAUACUUAUCCGGAUGGCAAAUCUGGCAUGGCUACAUGCGAGAUGUGUGGAAUGGUUGGUGUCCGUGAUGCUUUUUACUCUAAAACAAAACGCUUUUGCAGUGUGUCAUGCUCUAGAAGCUAUUCCUCGAACUCCAAGAAGGCCAGCAUUCUGGCCAGGCUUCAGGUAGCGGGUAAACCUCCAACGAAGAAAGCUAAAGUUCUACAAAAACAACCCUUAGUCGCUAAAUUAGCAGCGUAUGCUCAGUACCAGGCAACUUUACAAAACCAGGCAAAGACUAAAGCAGCUGUGCCUGUGGAAGGUUUCAGCUGGGGUAACUACAUCAAUAGCAAUAGCUUUACAGCAGCUCCUGUUACCUGUUUUAAACACGCACCUAUGGGCACGUGCUGGGGGGAUAUCUCAGAAGGAGUGCGAGUCGAGGUUCCAAACACCGACUGCAGCCUACCUACCAAAGUCUUCUGGAUAGCUGGAAUUGUAAAAUUAGCAGGCUACAAUGCUCUGCUAAGAUAUGAAGGCUUUGAAAAUGAUUCAAGUCUUGACUUCUGGUGCAACGUUUGUGGGUCUGACAUCCACCCAGUUGGUUGGUGUGCAACCAGUGGGAAACCCCUAGUCCCUCCUCGAACCAUCCAACACAAAUACACAAACUGGAAAGCUUUUCUAGUGAAACGACUUACUGGUGCCAAAACACUUCCUCCUGACUUUUCUCAGAAGGUGUCUGAGAGUAUGCAGUAUCCAUUCAAAACUUCCAUGAGAGUAGAAGUGGUUGACAAAACGCACCUUUGUCGAACAAGGGUAGCGGUUGUAGAAAGUGUCAUUGGGGGACGGUUAAGAUUGGUGUACGAAGAAAGCGAAGACAAAACUGAUGACUUCUGGUGCCAUAUGUACAGUCCACUCAUUCAUCAUAUUGGUUGGUCUCGAAGUAUAGGACACAGAUUCAAAAGAUCUGAUAUUACAAAGAAACAGGAUGGACAUUUUGAUGCACCUCCACAUUUAUUUAUGAAGGUAAAAGAGGUUGACACAGCCGGAGAAUGGUUUAAAGAAGGAAUGAAACUAGAAGCUAUAGACCCCUUAAACCUUUCGGCAAUAUGUGUGGCAACUAUUAGAAAGGUUUUAGCAGAUGGCUAUCUUAUGAUUGGGAUUGAUGGCUCAGAAGCAGCAGAUGGGUCUGAUUGGUUUUGUUACCAUGCCACUUCCCCUUCUAUUUUCCCUGUUGGUUUCUGUGAAAUUAACAUGAUUGAACUAACUCCACCCAGAGGUUAUGCAAAACUCCCUUUUAAAUGGUUUGACUACCUCAGGGAAACGGACUCAAUAGCAGCACCUGUAAAGCUAUUCAAUAAGGAAGUCCCAAACCAUGGGUUUCAUGUUGGAAUGAAACUGGAGGCAGUUGAUCUGAUGGAACCUCGCUUGGUAUGUGUGGCCACAGUAACUCGCAUUAUCCACCGUCUUUUGAGGAUACACUUUGAUGGGUGGGAAGAUGAAUAUGAUCAGUGGGUGGAUUGCGAGUCCCCAGACCUCUAUCCAGUGGGAUGGUGUCAGCUAACUGGAUAUCAACUACAGCCUCCAGCACCACAGUCAUCGAGAGAUAGCCAGUCCAGUUCAUCGAAACAGAAGAAAAAAGCUAAAUCGCAACAGUACAAAGGACAUAAGAAAAUGACUUCAUUGCAGCUGAAGGAGGAGUUGCUUGAUGGAGAAGAGUACAGCUUCCUUCAAGGAGCAUCUGACCAGGAAAGCAACGGAUCUGCCAGUUACUACAUCAAGCAGGAGCCAUAAGGCAGCUUGGAAAAGUGAGGGGCGGAACAUUUGGAUAGGAAACGAGCCUUUCUCCCGGAGUGACUGAUCCUGCUCCCGCUUGGAUGGUACAGUUUGUGCGUGACUGUACCCGGGGCACUUUGUGAACUGUAGAGAUGAGUUAAGACUCAGUUGAGAACUUUUUGGAAGGGCGGGGAAACUAUUUUAGUGAAAAAGAUUUUUCAAUUUAUUAAAAACAAAAUCGGACACUUUUGUGUUGUAUUUGAAGCUUUUGAAAGAAUUUUGUAAUAUUUUCAAGUUCAGAUUUAUUGUGCAUUGUUAACGAGAACUGAGAUUCUAAUUUUUUGGUAAGAUUAAAGUUUAAUUAGCAUGAUUGUGGGAAGCGGUUGGAGGAAGCUAUAGUUGCAAAUACAAAUGAACUGUCAUAACAAAUGAACCUUUUUGGUACAAGUUGAGUCUUUCAGACUCUGGUGAACUGCACUGGUCACGCCUCUGCUUUUUUUAUUGUGAAAAUAAGGCAUCGAAGCCCUAAUUUUAGAGGCAUAAAUUGUAUGUGGAAGAUAGUCCUGUAGCGCUCUACUCAGUGAGUAGCCCCAAUGGAGCCAUCACCUGAGGAAGAUUUUAACUUUUCAAGGUGUUUUUAUUUAGUUUGAAAUACUUUUUUCUGUAUAAGUUUGCUUUUUGUUUUUGUUUUCAAGUUCCUUUGGGUCUGAUUUGGUGCCCGUUAACGUCAGUAGCCUUGUCUCCAUUGAUUGCGAUGGGCAUUGGAUCAGGACUAUAAAGCUCUUGCUUGUACACGGAUGUCUGUAGUCUUGGAAUGCUUCGGCAAAUGUUUACAGAGCCCUACGCCAAACUGGAACUUCAGAAGAUUCCCUCAUUUGGAUGAUUACUUUUAGCUGUCAGUUUAGACUUAAGAAGAAACUUAGGUGGACAGUAACUCAGGCCUCCCUUAGUAGCAGGAAGGAAAUUCUGAGUAUUCGUCAGAUCAUUUGCUUUUUUCCAUUCAGAAAGACCUAGGUGUUUCCUUAAUAUCUGAAAUGUUUCUUUCUGAACAUUCAGAACUGAUGUUCCAUGUGGUUUCAGGUGAGCUGAAAAGAGCCAUGCAUUGUGGAUUAAAAAACCCCUUUCAGUUCUGCACAGCCUGCAAUAUUUAUUCCUUGCUGCAGAGGUGUAAUACGGAAGGUGAGACGUGAACAGUCUAUAAAUCAUAUACUGUCCAGUGUAGAAUUCAUAAACUGAACUUGCUUAUUGUCUGGAAUCCUGGUGUCAUGUCAGGUAUCCCAUGAGCCCCACCUGCUUAACUGUCCAGAUGUUUUUACAGGCAAAAAAUCAACAUAAAAAGGUGAAAAUUACUACCGGUGAAAUGUUGAAUACUUUAGCAUGAGCUUUUAAUUUGGAUUUUAUCUUUCCGUGUUUUUAAACUUUGUACAUUUUUGUAGAUGUCAUUUGUGGAGUUGAUCAGUGAAGUGAUUCAUCAGCCCUGCAGAGCUGGGACUGGAGAAACGUGCAUCAAGAGCUUUAGCUUUUACCAGUGAGGUUCAUUAACUAAACUCUCAGGAAUUAACUGCGUGUGUUCUGUAAGUGCUUCUGGGUCUUGGCAGGUCCCUUCAGAGCCGUACAAUGAUCAUCUGACUUUAAAAAAAAACAACUUAUAAAUGAUUAACGCCUGUGUUCCUGCAGCCUAAGAAAUGCUUUAAGGACAUCAACCCACGGAGCCCCAGGAGACCGUUUUUGUAUAUUGUUGUUUGAGCUUAACACACAAAAAAAGUGCAUAGAAAGUUGAAAACCAGCAAUUUGCUUAUUUUCUAAAACAUUGCUCUAACUUUGGGUACAUAGCGUUGGUGAUAUGCACAGGUUUACCUCAUUCUAUGCAAGAGGGGUUAACUAUGUAAAGUUUUGUAUUUACUACUGGAAGUAAAACAUGUCCUGUACAGUGUAGGAAUGUCUGGAAUUCUUUUCUCCCUUACUGGUAAAAUUUCUUAAAUAGUGACCCCUUUCUAACAACAGCUUCUGAUCGACAGGAUCUGGUUAUCGGAUUACAGCUAUCUGUAGCUUCAGGUGAUAAAGACAUGUUAGCUCUCCGAAACAGCCAUAAAAAGGACUUUGUCGGGCUUGGUAGACUUCAAAUACAUCUGCUUGGAUUCUGACCCCCCCCCCCAUGGUGUUUGUUUGGAACAGCCCGGAAUGGAGAAGUAGGAUUAGUGACCAUUGUAAUGACACUUUGAGCCUUGAUUAUUGUUUCCCUGUGUUCUCCAUUUAACCUGCUGUAAAACCCAGCUCUGCAAGCAUUGAUUGGGUUUGGUAAGUACAUCUGUAUUGAUUUCUUUAAUGCAGCAACUUGCAGAUCCUCCCAGUCAGCUGGAUCGAGGUUGGCACGAUCUCGCUUUCUUCUCUUGUCAGUAGCUUCUGGCUUCAGUAGAGAAACUGUCGCAAUAAUUUAUGUUUCAUAAUGUAAAGGUUUGGGCUGGUGAUGAGCAAGAUGUAUUGCCAGGUCACUGAACCUUGGGCUUUUGUGCGUUGCCCAGAUUCAUACCCGAUUUCCGUGCUGUAGUCCUCAAACAUCAGGAGGGGAAACUUAAGACUGAAGUUGAACGCGUCCUGUGUUGGAAAAAUGCAAGAAUCUGGCUUGAAGUCUGUCUAUCUUUGGGGUGUUCUUCAAAAAUAGGUGGCGUUUUAUUCAUUAAACACUAAUGUGUGUGAGGCGAGUUGACUUGCACUCUCAGAUAGGUGCGACUUCAGCAGGAGCUGACAUUUCUCUGGUGUUCCUGAAUUCAGAAUGUACCCCAAUGGUGUAAUUGUCAAGCUGAGGGAAUCUAUCCUGAGCAAACUACAUGACGAACGAAUUGAAGUGGCGCUGAUGUCCGUGGUGCAGGCUGCACGGUGUCUGUAGCGUUCGUUGUUAGCGCGGCUCUGAGUGUGUUUUUCUUUGCUUUACCUGAAGCCACGUCCUUGGCUAAAAGAGCAGCGAAGUGUCGGACGUCUGAAUUCUUCACUGGGGUCAAAUUCAUUUUGCUAUUUGGCAUAGCAGGAUUUAUAACCAUCGGGCAGCACAAGUCACAGACCGCACUUUGCAGCUGCCCUUUUGUUGCUCAAAAUCUCUGCUGACCCUUGGGUUUUAUGUUCUCUUUAAGUACAACUCUAACCUUUUCCUUGCCGCAUCCGAGGAAAGCGAAGGCAGUUACCGACUCCUUGUUCUACGGAUACUAACACGGGUUUCAGUGUUUGUUUGUUUUUUAUUGUUGUUUUCUGUGAUGUGAAUACCCUCUCCCAUCACUAUUUGUACGAUGGUGCUAAUAUAUUUGGUAACAAUCCUUUAUCGGGAAGGGAUUUUUACAAACUGUGAUUUCAACUGAUUUUUUCUUCCUUUUAAUUUUCAUAUUUAAAAAAAGCUACAGCCAUUUAUACAAAAAGGCAUCAGCUUUGGCCCCUGGGAAAAUGUUGGGGCGGGAACCAAGAUGAAACAAAUAGGGUUUUUACAUCAUUUCUGUAUGUAUUUGAUAUAUCGAUCAAUAUCUGUACAAAUUUAAUCUUUUAUUUUCUUGGUAAUUUGUGUGGUCAAUGAGAGAGAGUGUUUAAAGCUUUCUCAUGCAAUGUACAUAACCAAGUGAAAAAAAUGCUUUUGGAGAAAUUAAUGUUACUUUCAUUUUUACAAGACUGCAGAUUUUCAGCAUGGAUGUGAAAAGCAUUAAAAUUAUAACUUUGUGUACAAGAUGAAAAUAAUUCACUAAAUCUGCCUUUUUUACACAAAAUAAAAAUGAUAAAAAAGCCUUUUUCUUAGUAGUUUUGUUUCGAAGGUGUUCCUUGGCACAUUCACAAAUGCAUUCCAGCUCGUUUCUCUUCCCAAGAAAAUGCAGAUCCAGGAAGAAGUUAAUUUGUAAGACUGUGAAUGCUGUAAGGAACUGGGGGUGAGGCUGAGCACAGAUGAAGCUUGAGAGGCUCUGAACACGAGCUGAGGUGUUUGACGUGAGGAUGUGCUGUUGGGUAAGUGCUUAACAGAGCAAGCGUUGCUCCUGGUCUCCUUGGUUCGCAGUGGGUGUUAAUAGUUGUGUGAGGAGGGAAAGUCUGUAGGAUCACAUCUCAUUCAGUUUUGCUGUGCUGGAAGUGACUCCAGUACCCCUGUAUCUCCCCCUCUGCAACCUCACUUGGCCACCAAAAUGUAUUUCAACUUCACGAGUUAUCUCCCUUCCAGUACAGAGGGGCUCCAGAAAAGCUGGGGAGGGGCUCUGGAUCAGGGAGAGCAGAGACAGGAUGAGGGAGAAUGGUUUUAAGUUGAAAGAGGGGAGAUUGAGAUGAGAUAUUGAGGAGAAAUGUUUUGCUGUGCAGGUGGGGAGGCCCUGGAACAGGGUGCCCAGAGCAGCGGUGGCUGCCCCAUCCCUGGAGGGGUUCCAGGCCAGGUUGGAUGGGGCUCCUGAUCCAGUAUAAGGUGUCCCUGCCCAUGGCAGGGGUGGGGCUGGAGGGGCUGUGAGGUCCCUUCCAACCUAAACCAUU